AUGCAGACGAUCAAAUGUGUCGUCGUUGGUGACGGUGCUGUCGGAAAGACCUGUCUAUUGAUCUCAUACACGACGAACAAGUUCCCCAGCGACUAUGUCCCGACCGUGUUUGACAACUACGCGGUUACAGUGAUGAUCGGCGACGACCCCUACACGCUCGGUCUUUUCGACACGGCGGGCCAAGAGGACUACGACCGGUUGCGGCCGCUAUCGUAUCCGCAGACGGACGUCUUUUUGCUAUGCUUUAGCGUUACGUCGCCGGCAUCAUUCGAGAACGUCAAGGAGAAGUGGUUCCCCGAGGUGCAUCACCACUGUCCCGGCGUGCCCUGCCUGAUCGUGGGGACGCAGGUGGACCUGCGCGACGACCCAGCCGUCGUGGAGAAGCUCGCAAGGCAGAAACAACGGCCCGUCAGCAACGACGCCGGUGAGCGGCUCGCAAGGGAGCUCGGCGCGGUCAAGUACGUCGAGUGCUCCGCGCUGACGCAGAAGGGCCUUAAGAACGUCUUUGAUGAGGCAAUCGUUGCGGCCCUCGAGCCACCGGUGGUGCGGAAAAAGUCCAAAUGUCAGAUCCUCUGA